AAUGACUGUCAAAGCUGUAAAAAUGCCGUGCAUGGCUCCAAAUGUUUAUACUAAAGUGCCUGACGGAGGAUGGGGUUGGACAAUUGCUUUUGCUUUCUUCUUUGUGGAAGCUCUAACAUACGGCAUUAUAAAAUCUUUUGGUGUCUUCUUUAAUGACUUGAUGGAAAGCUUUGAUGAAACCAACAGCAGGAUAUCCUGGAUAAUAUCCAUAUGUGUGUUUGUACAGACCUUCACAGCUCCUCUGUCAACGGUCCUCAGCAAUCGCUUCAGUCACCGCUUUGUGGUGAUGGCCGGAGGGGUGCUGAUCAGCACCGGCAUGGUCAUCGCCUCCUUUGCCCGCACUGUUGUAGACAUGUAUGUCACCAUCGGCGUCAUCUCUGGCCUUGGAUACUGCCUCUCUUUCCUCCCGACUGUCACCAUUUUAUCACAGUAUUUUGACAAAAGACGCUCGCUGGUCACAGCAGUGGCAUCUACAGGGGAAUGUUUUGCUGUCUUCUCCUUUGCACCAGCAAUUACUGCUCUGAAGGAGCAGGUUGGCUGGAGAUACAGCCUCUUUGCUGUCGGGGUCCUACAGCUAAGCAUCGUCAUCUGUGGAUCACUGCUGCGACCCAUUAUCAUCAAAGAGCAGGAAGAAGUGAAAGCGCAGCCUCCAGAAGAGCCCACAGAGACAAAGUAUAUGCUUGAAAAUGAGCAAACACGCACCUCAAUAGAGUCCAUAGACUCAGGAGUAGAAAUAACUACCUCACCCAGCAAUGUGCCUGGAAACACCAAAGCAGAGCCAAAAAGUGAAGAACCAAAGGAACACGCACAGAUACUUGUUGAAAAUAACAGCACCCCUCCAGAACAAAAAACCAAACUACUGGACUUUUCUGUGAUGAGAGACUAUAGCUUUAUCUGUUAUGCAUUCUUUGGCCUGUUUGCUACCCUGGGCUUCUUUGCUCCCUCUCUCUACAUCAUUCCCCUGAGUCUCAGCCUUGGCCUCAGCAAAGACCACUCUGCAUACAUACUGUCAGCCAUGGCAAUCGCAGAGGUCUUUGGAAGAAUUUCGGCUGGCUGGGUUCUCAACAAAAAGCCUAUCCGCAAGAUCUACAUCGAACUCAUCUGCGUUGUUCUGCUGUCUGUAGCAUUGUUUGCCUUCCCUUUUGCCUCUGAAUUCUGGGGCUUGAUGACAUGUAGCAUAUUUUUUGGAUUCAUGCUCGGAACAGUAGCGGGCACGCAUAUUCCCCUCCUGGCAGAAGAUGACGUGGUUGGCAUCGCAAAAAUGUCUUCUGCGGCUGGAGUCUACGUCUUCAUUCAAAGCUUAGCUGGGUUGGCUGGACCACCCCUUGCAGGUGUCUUAGUGGAUACGACACAGAACUACAGCUCAGCCUUUUACUCUUGUGCUGCUGGCAUGGUCCUGGGUGCUGUGUUUCUGUCUCUGGUGAGACCGUGCAAGGCUGGGCUGUGCCGCUGCCAGCGGCAGAGCACAGAGGAGGGCAUGGCGGUGGUCAUACCAGACUUACCAGAUGACUUUAUUGAAAUGGAUAUAGAAAAGCAGAAAAUUCAGGAAAAAGGCUGUGAUGGCAUAGCAUGA